UCUAAUUCCCUCUCACUUGACCCUGGUUCUAUUGUUCUGUCCUUCUUUUUUCUAUUUUUCUAUUUUUUUUUGGUAUUGAUUCCCCACCAAAUGAACCGCCUAUCUGCGUCAUGGACCCCUCCAAGCGCGACGACCCUCCAGCUUCAUCCACACCCUCAGAAACAAUCAUGGCACCAACUCCCACCAUCGAUCGUGUAGACCACUUGCAUUGUAUGAAUAAUCCAUCAAUGCUUCUCUCCGUAUCUUCCUCCGCUUCCUGUCUCUUAUCUCCCGCAAAUGCCCCCGCGCGCUCUACAUCCCCUCAGGCCCAUAAAGCCCCUCGGCGCAUCUCUAGUUCUAGCUCUCUGAGAGAUGAACAUCUACAUGCCGGUUUAAAAAAGCGCUCGUCUACUGCGUCGCUGCGAUCCAUCCAUAACAACAGUAGAGCGUCAACAUCCCCCCACCGCAGUGUAUCGCAACAUACAUCCUCGUCCCUUGCCAGCUCCCCUACCGCCACCACACCAACCACGUUAACGAGCCACAACAUGCUGUCAAAAAAGUCGCGUCAUGCAAAAGAAAAUGAACACCCAGCCCCUACCGCUGCUUCUAUUGCGAUAGAUCAUUUUCAAAGAGAGGUGGGGUUGCAUCAAUCCGCGGAUCUACAAUCGCAAACGCUUGUGGUAAUUCAUGAUGCAUGUUAUGGUCAUCGUUUCUCACGGCCUCGUACCUCUAGAGUAGCCCUAAACGCCAUUGUCGAAAGGCCAGAGCGAAUCCUAGCGAGUGUCCUGGGUGUGUCUGCGGCUUAUGUGCGUCUUGCUCACCGGUAUGAAGGGGGGAGGUUCCCCCCCCGCCCAGAUAUGAACCUUGACGAGCUUCCUGUACCCCCUUUCCAGAUACGCAGGACGGCCCGGUCUAUGCCACUGAGCUCACCGGCAGUAACGCACGUACAUGGGUCCAGGUGGAUGGAUGAUCUGAAAACUAUGUGCGACGCGGCAGAAUCGCGACUCGCGCUGAACGGUAAGGAAUUGGUACGACCCCCGAGUGCGGGAAAGGAAGGGGCCAUGGCCGAUACCCCUGGAUUUCAUGAAGGUGACUUAUACCUGUGCUCGGAGUCUUUGGACGCAUUCGAGGGGGCUUUGGGCGGCGUCUGUGAGGGCGUCGACGCGGUCUUUGGCCCAGGUUCGACGAAACGCGCGUUUGUGUCGAUUCGUCCUCCAGGUCAUCAUUGCUCAUCGGACCACCCGUCGGGAUUUUGCUGGAUCAAUAAUGUCCACGUAGGCAUCUCCUAUGCUGCCAUGACUCAUGGGUUGACUCAUGCGGCCAUUCUGGACUUUGACCUUCAUCAUGGCGAUGGCUCGCAGGAGAUUGCAUGGGAGCAGAACCGAAAGGCUGCUGCAGCCCCUCGAAGCGCAGCAAACUACAGAAAGACUGCUAUUGGAUAUUUUAGCCUUCAUGACAUCAACUCGUAUCCGUGCGAGAUGGGCGAACCGGAGAAAGUGCGCAAUGCAAGUGUAUGUAUUGAUAAAGCACAUGGUCAGUCGGUGUGGAACGUUCAUCUGGAGCCGUGGAAGACCGAGUUGGAAUUCUGGGAGCUCUACGCGUCCAAGUACGCAGUGCUGAUCGAAAAAGCGCGCGCAUUCCUGCGGCUUCACACUGAACGUCUUGCUAGUACCCCGAAUCGAUCGUCACCUGUGGCCGCUAUUUUUAUCUCUGCAGGCUUCGAUGCAAGUGAAUGGGAAGGAGCCGGCAUGCAGAGACAUAAGGUGAAUGUGCCUACCGAGUUCUACGCCAAGUUCACCGCAGAUGUUGUGCGAAUGGCAGAAGAGGAGGGUCUGGGUGUGGAUGGAAGAAUCAUCAGUGUUUUGGAGGGAGGUUACAGUAAUCGUGCUUUAAUAACGGGUGUUUUGAGCCAUCUGUCGGGGUUAGGGGAUGCGAGAUCAUGCUUGGCGCCAGGUGAGGUGGACUACAUGGCCGAUCGCUUGACGAACGAGAUGACGGACCGGUUGGGCCUGCUUGACAUUUCGGCUAAUGUCCAGCACCCAAUACGUCUGCCUGCUUAUGACAGUGCUUGGUGGUCGCCAGCUAUACUGGAGGAACUAGACGCCUUGGUAUAUCCGUCACCGGCACCUACGAAGCUUCGUGAGAAGUCUGCACCGACCUACUUUGCUCCCACCCAAUCGUUUACCGCGAAAGUAGUCAUGCCCCCUCGGGAUCGAAAAUCAACUGGUUCUCAGGUCAGCGUAGAAACCGAGGCUCCGCAAUUGCCGCCGGUUGGAUGGGCUACUGCAGCGCAUGAACUGUCCAAGGUUCUCAUCCCGAGCCAUCGGCAAACCACAAGCUGUCGGCCGGAAGAGCUCAAUGCAGAAGCCACACGUCUCCGACGGGAACGUCAAUCGGCCGCCCAGCACACCAGCAUCCCUCCAGCCGAGCCUGAGGAAAGCCGGAUGAAACUUCGCGCAAGGAAACCCAAGACUCCGUUGCCCGAAACCCCAAAAGCAGAAAUAUCUAAACGGUCUGCCAUCGAUAAAAAUCGCAGAACCACCAUCGAACGUGCCAGUGACCUACCUGAUCCGUCCAUCGACAAGUCGCCUACUACGCGCAGCACAACCCGUAGAAAGAGUGCUGCUUACACCAUCGUUUCAACCCCAGAACACAGAGCCAUGGGCGAAAAGUGCGUUCGCUCGGCAUCGGCAGCUAGCGUGCGAAGGUCUAGCAACUCUCGAUCUACGACUCCUAGGCGCCCCUCGAGCCCUCAAAAGGCGCCUCCUGUCCCUCGGGUUCCGUCCGCAUUCUCGAAGUUGUCCACUGGCGAAGGACCAGCCGUCGUGCCAUCCAGCAUGCAGGAUACAACGCAGGACGAUGUGGAUAGUUUGACAGCAGGCGUCCGGAAACUCAAUAUUAAGCUGAAAGUGCCGUCUCCCGAGGAACACGCCGCGCGAGAAAAAGAGCGCGAGCGACGGGCUUCGAAGGGGGGAGCUAAGACAUUGAAGGCCCCCAAGAAGACCUCCGGCAUCAAGGGCUUAACUGCUCCCACUAAUAAGGUGGCGGGUCGUUCAACCACGGCUCUCGCGAGUGAUCUUGCAGGAGAUUCCCCCGCACCGUCGCUGAAUACUUCCAGCACGGUGACCGGCUGGAGUGACUCGAGUAAAUCCGCAGAAAUGUCCUCGGCGGCCUCAUCCCAGGUGCUUCUCCCGGGAAUGGCAUUCUCUCCCCCCGUUACACCGGGAACUACGCAUGAUGUUCCGCGUCCGCAAUCCGCGUUAUUUUCUCCUCCAACAUCUGAGCCCUCCUCCAAGACCGGCAUUCCGGUAUUUACAUCCAGUAGCUCCAUUCCUUUUGCGUCAGCGAGUGCCACCCACGGUGACGUCUCCCCCAACGCAACCACACAGCCACCCCUCUAGUUGGGCUAGGGACAUUGCCUCUGAUUCAUCUGAAUCCUGAUAGGUCUUUUAAUUUUUGGGAAACACUCUAUUCCGUCCGAUUUUUGAUAUCCACCUUUCCUACCACGUUUACUUUGUCAGAUGAUGUACCCUUUGGUUUUGAGUGAUUGCCUUACAUCCACCUCUGGCACCUUUUGCCCGAAAGUUUCACAUCACAUAACAUAUCCCUCCAGUUUUUGUUGCACUUUGUCGAUAUACCCCUUUAGGUGUUGGAGUUGUCAUUUAAAGAAUCCUUGUUAGGAACAGAACAGAACUA